AUGCCGUCCGCCAUAAAUGCAGCGGUGGCUCAGCAGACAGCUGCUGGGUCAGUUCCCAGCGCUACUAUUAGCACUACAACUGAAGGUGCGGGUGGGGGCACAGGGGGGAUUUAUUCUGCCAUUAUAAGUCGCAACCAGCCCAUUAUCAAAGUAAAGGAGAAGACCUAUGAAGAGCUUCACAAGAAGUGCCUGGAGAAAAACAUACUCUACGAAGAUCCUGAUUUCCCACCAAAUGAGUCCUCCCUCUUCUAUAGCCAGAAAAUCCCCAUCAAGUUUGAAUGGAAAAGACCACGUGAAAUCUGUGAGAAUCCACGGUUUAUUAUUGGCGGAGCCAACAGAACAGAUAUCUGUCAAGGAGAAUUAGGUGACUGCUGGUUCCUGGCUGCCAUUGCUUGCCUGACACUGAAUAAAAAACUGCUCUGUAGAGUCAUACCUCAUGACCAGUCCUUUAUACAAAACUACGCUGGCAUCUUUCACUUCCAGUUCUGGCGCUAUGGAGACUGGGUGGACGUCGUCAUCGAUGACUGCUUACCCACGUACAACAACCAGCUGGUCUUUACCAAGUCUUCCCAGCGCAACGAGUUCUGGAGCGCCCUCCUGGAAAAGGCCUAUGCAAAACUCCAUGGGUCAUACGAAGCUUUGAAAGGCGGCAACACGACCGAAGCCAUGGAGGACUUCACCGGAGGAGUCACAGAGUUCUAUGAGAUAAAGGAUGCCCCUAAAGAUAUCUAUAAAAUCAUGAAACAUGCCAUUGACAGAGGAUCCCUCAUGGCCAGCUCCAUUGAUGAUAACCUAGGCUUUUCCUACGGAUCAGCUCCUCGGAGCGACAUUGGGGAACUGAUUGCUCGAAUGGUAAAGAAUCUAGAAAACGCACAGAUGACUCACUCCACUGUAGACUACCAGGGGACAGAGGAAAGGCCAGCCUGGACCAUAGUCCCAAUGCAAUAUGAAACACGGAUGUCUUGCGGGCUCGUCAAAGGUCAUGCCUACUCCGUCACGGCUGUGGAAGAAACAACAUUUAAAGGGGAAAAAAUACGUUUAGUGAGGCUGAGAAACCCCUGGGGGCAGGUGGAAUGGAACGGACCUUGGAGUGACAAGUCAGAGGAGUGGAAUUUCAUUAACGAAGCAGAGAAAAUACGCCUGCAGCACAAGAUCGUGGAGGAUGGGGAGUUCUGGAUAUCAUUUGAAGAUUUCAUGAGGCACUUCACAAAACUUGAGAUCUGUAACCUCACACCUGAUACUCUGGAAGCCGAUAAACUCCAGACCUGGACUGUAUCAGUCAACGAAGGGCGCUGGGUGAGAGGCUGCUCAGCUGGAGGUUGCCGCAAUUAUCCAGAUACAUUUUGGACCAAUCCCCAGUAUCGCUUGAAGCUCCUGGAGGAAGAUGAUGAUCCUGAGGAUGAAGAGGUUAUCUGCAGCUUCCUCGUUGCACUGAUGCAGAAAAAUAGGAGGAAAGAACGCAGGCUGGGAGCCAACCUGUACACCAUUGGCUUUGCCAUCUACGAGGUGCCCAAAGAGAUGCAUGGUACUAAGCACCACUUGCAAAAGGAUUUUUUCCUCUACAAUGCCUCCAAAGCUAGAAGCAAGACCUAUAUAAACAUGCGAGAAAUCUCUGAGCGUUUUCGGCUACCUCCCAGCGAGUAUGUUGUCAUCCCAUCGACAUAUGAACCCCACCAGGAGGGAGAAUUCAUCCUGAGGGUCUUCUCAGAGAAAAGAAGUCUUUCAGAGGAGGCUGAAAACAUGAUUGAGGCAGAGCGUCCGUCGAAGAAGAAGAAGGGCAAGCCUAUCAUCUUUGUUUCCGACAGAGCAAACAGUAAUAAGGAGCUGACAGCAGAUGAAGACACUGGCAAAGAUGGUGAAAAAACCCAUGCAGAUGAGAAAAAGCAUCCUUCAGCAAAAGCUCGUGAGGGGAGUGAAGAGGAAAAACAGUUCAGGAAUAUUUUCCGACAGAUUGCAGGGGAUGACAUGGAGAUCAAUGCUGAAGAACUCAGGAAUGUUCUCAACAAUGUUGUAAAAAAACAUAAGGACCUAAAGACAGAAGGAUUUGAACUGGAAUCGUGCCGCAGCAUGAUUGCUUUAAUGGAUACAGAUGGCUCAGGGAAGAUAAACUUCGAUGAGUUUCGACACCUCUGGGACAAGAUUAAAAGCUGGCAGAAAAUUUUCAAGCGUUAUGACACGGAUCAUUCGGGAACCAUUAACAGCUAUGAGAUGCGCAAUGCAGUCAAUGAUGCAGGGUUUCGGCUGAACAACCAGCUCUAUGACAUCAUCACCAUGCGCUACGCCGACAAGAAUAUGAACAUCGACUUCGACAGCUUCAUCUGCUGCUUCGUGCGCCUGGACGCCAUGUUCAGGGCAUUCCAUGCCUUUGACAAAGAUGGAGAUGGCAUCAUUAAGCUCAAUGUCCUGGAGUGGCUGCAGCUGACGAUGUACGCCUAA